AAUGGUUCCAGAAAUACGGGAUAUCAAACCCCUAAUAGAGAAGUUAUCUCAUCCCCUGGAGGGUGUAAGAGUUCCUGCUCUGAAGUCUCUGCUAUCCAAACUAGAAUUGUCUAUUCUAACAGUAGAAGAUCUUUGCCAAGAAAAGCUGCUGUUUAUAAGACUUCUAGAAUGGUUCAAUUUCGAUGAAGUUACAAACGAGGAGUUAGUGUUUUCGCUGUUGAAGAAGUUAGUUGGCCAUAGAACCAGCGCCAGCAUUCUGCUUAAAAUAGGAGCAGUCGACUUUUUUUCUCAAUUGCGUCCUAAUGUCAAUGAACUUUUUCUUCCUGAUAUUGACUCUCUAAUACACAAAUUACUUACUAUACCUGAAGCUAUUAAUGACGAUGAAAAAACUGUUGAUUACAGUAAAAGACUCGUUGAAAUCUCCGAGUUCGAAAGCAAUACCGAGCCUUUCAAAAGCCAAUCGCAUCAAAUUCACAACGAGCAAAGCUUGGCUUCUCGCAGAGAAGACAGCUAUAACAAUUCAAAACAGCAUAUGUGCAGGACUUUCAAAGCCAUCGAGGAAACCUUUAUCGAUAUUGAGUUUCUAAACUUCCUUUAUUUUCCGUGGCGACCAUUGACACACUCUGACAAAACUGUCUUAGAAUCGGCAAAAAAUUCACUCAGAGGUGCAACUGCUAAUGUCGUCGUACUUUCUUGCAAAUUCAUCAAUGACGUUUUAUUUUCUGAUUUCCCAGCUGAAAUAUUUCUCCAGUAUCCAAAUAUUGUGGAAGAGCUUUUUGAGUUAAUUAAAGUGAGACAGCGCAAGAACUGGGAUUUGCAUUUAGAACCUAUAAAUGCGCUCUUGACCUUGAGCGAGAAUUUGCUUCGAAGGCUUAGCUUUCUUAUUGAUCCGGAUUACCACACGCCAAGUCUUCUAAAUCAUGGCCAUUCAAUGGGUGUCAGUUUUGCAAAUAAGGUUUCGAGUAGCGUGGUUGAAGAUUUGUCGAGAAGUAUGUCACAUGUGAAAUUCGACAGCCCAAAAGUAGAUACUUCAUUUUGCUCGCAAUCAACGAUAGAAGGACCCUUCAAAGGCUUCAAUCGGCCAACAGAUGAAGACGAAGCAGAAGAAAUCAUAGCUGAAGACAUCAAAACAUCUCAGUACAGUUUACCUCAAUUUUGCGCGGUAGUUUUGAGUUCAAUCCAACACUUGUUCAAAGCGCCAAAUUCUGAAGUUGUAUUCAAAGCAGCACAAUUGAGUGUAGUUAUAACUGAGUUGAUUAAAAAAUCAGUCAAUGUUAAAGCCAUGUGGGAAACCAAAUCAGCACUCGGUGCCAUAUUCCGAAAAGAUAUCGAAGUAUUUUCCCAUGCCUUAGCUUCAGCGAUCAAACAUAACUCAGAAAUUACGAAGUCGAUGCGUUCCCAGUUCAGGUAUAAUGUCAAAGAAAUCGAAUCACAAGUUGCCAUCACCAAUUUGGAAACUAUGCUGUUGGCAAGCUUUUCAAAUGAAGUCGUGGAAGAUUUGAAUCUAAUUCAAAGUCCUGGCCACUUGCAAGAAAUAAAGGGCGCAGUUCAGGAGAUGAUAUACAACUAUGAACUCAAAAAAUUUUACCCGACAGCGGUUGAAAAAUUAACAAAGUCGUGUAUAACUGAAAACUCACCAGAAUCUCAUCGAUUGGAACUUGACAGACAGAUUCAUGAAUCAAUUCUUAACCUGGCCAAAGCGUUAGAACAAGAGCCGAAAGAUGAAAACGCUUUUUUAGUCGAGUUCAUUAGGCAGAGUCAUUUGGCUCUGGGUUUUAGCCAAUCAAAUUUCGAGCUAAUUGAUAGAUCGAUCAACAUAGCUUCUGAUUUCUGUGAUUACGAUGACGAUUUUUAUAAGAAAGUGCUUCAAACGUUAGUCGAGUAUCUGAGCUCACCGUAUGAUACUGUAAGGAUCCAUGCAUACAGAAGUUGCCAAAAAUUUGUCGAGAAGUGUUUAGAAAUUGACGCUAAUGCAAACAAAAUGACAAACCAGCCCUCAAAAAUGUUGAAGUUCCUUCUCAGUGAAGAAAUACUGACUGUACUUAUUCAAAGUGGAUUGCUGGAUCAAAACGAUCAAGUUAAAGAAUGUGCUUCUUGGAUAUUGUACCAGUUUCUGAAUUCUCAACUCCUGUUUGAAAGCGAUACCUGGAGUUUCUUCAUCAGUAAUGUAAUGCAUUACUUUGUGUUUCUGCAAAGUUUGACCUCGAAAGAUUCCAAAUUCGGAAAUACAUUGCUAAACAUGGUCGCUGAAGGCAACAGCGAUUCAGUUACGACAGUGUUAAACAUCCCAACUGUUGAUAAACUUAGAGGCUGCCUCAGACUGAUGUUUAACACUGAUCUAAAAGUGAGAAUAGAAGCGGUCGGAAUGCUUGUGUGGCAUUUAGCCAAGGAGUCUCAAGGUCAUUUGAGACUCCCCAGUUUUUCGAACACAACAAUGCCUCGACUUCAUAAUCUCCUGUUCCCAAAGAACCAGCUUACAGUUGACCGGGAGUCAACUGAAAGACUGAAUACAAAGACCAACACGCUUGACAGUGUGCUGGAUAUAGCACAGUCGAAAAAAUUAGACGAAGGUGUACGCAAAAGUGCGUUCGACCAAGUGGCCAUUCUUCUCCAAGAUCCGGCAAUUCAUGAACAUUUCUUAGAGCGCAAAGGAAUUGAGUACGUCGUGAAAUUUCUCAAUGCAGCUCUUGAAAAAGCAAAUGAAAAGACCAUUGAACACCAAUAUUUACCAUCAGUAGUGUCUAUACUGAGAAAUUUAUUUUUCUGGCACUCAAAAACCCGUCACAGAUAUUCUCACGAUUCCCACAUGUUGUUCAGCUUGGUAAGAAGCGCUUUUGUUCUGAAUGAAAAUGUAGGCGCUGUAUCUGACGUGCUUUUCGCCCUUUCUCUUCUACUUUUCGACGAAGUGCUGCAACCGGGAAAUGAGGAAGUUUUCAGCGUUCCACGAAUAAUAAGACUUCAUUUUAAGCUUCCCUUCUCAGUCGAAGCACGUGAUAAUGAACUGUCCUCAAAGUCACGUUCGAUUCUCCCAGACCCCAUGGAGAACCCACUAAGUGUCGCUUUUUUGAAGUCGGCGUUCUCAGACAUCGUUGAGCCGUUGAUAGCCCUUGAAGAAAAUCCCCAUCCUGAAAAUUCGCUGUACGACGUUCAAUUAAAUGUAGCUCGUGCUUUAAACAGCAUCAUAGGUGCUCAGAAUCAUUUAGAGGUCUCUGAAAAUUUGCAAAUUUUGAAAUAUUAUCUGACAAUUGCUAAAAGCGAGCCUAAAUUUUAUGCUGAUUAUUUGAAAGAAUUAGACUUCUCAGUUGCGCUUGAAAAGUUUUUAUCAGUUAUUCCUAGCAGCAAUGAAGACAGAAAGCUUCUAUCAGACAUUGCUGAAUUCAUAAAUUAUCUUCUGAAAGAUGUCGAUAGUUUUCCAGAAGUAUUUUCAUGGAUUGAUGGCGUACUAUGCUCGAAAGAAAGUCUCUUUUUUCUCGCUUUAAACGAUCAAAACCUUUACCACGAUACUGAUUUGACAGACAGUUUGCUUCGAUGCAUUCAAAGUUUUGCGCUCCAGAAAUCAGCUGUUUUGAAGUUAGUCAGCGCUUCUGAAAUUAUACCCGCCGUGAUAGAACGAGUGAAAGUCUGCGACAAUGCAGAAACAUACGACCUGUCUUCACUGCAUAAAUGUCUCAGAGUCUUGAGCUAUGUGACAGAAACACAAAACUGGUCCGUUAAAAUGAAAGAAUCGCAAAUUUCUCAGAUCUUCCCUACUUUGGUCGCAAUUGUGUCAUCCUUUUCAACCGGACGUGUGUCCUCAAAUUUAUCAUUCAUGGGAUGUGCUGUAAUUGAAAUGAUACUUCACAUUUUGUCAAAUUUAGCCAGAGAAUUGGCUGUCAUGUUCAGACAAAAUUUUGUUUGGGUAGACCAUUGGAAGAUAUCAGUAAACGAACACCCAUUCAACUGGUUAACAAGCCGUCUCUCUCAUCGAAAUCCACACACAAGACUGUUAUGCUACAAUUUAGUGGCACAGUUUUGUGUGUCAAAGCAGGGUCAAAAACACAUGAUCAAUGCCUUUGACCAUUUUGCUGGCGGCUUAUGGACAAUACUAUUUGAAGUGGCAACAGAUAAAAGCGAAUGCUGCUCUGUCAAAGCACAAUGUCUGAUGAGUCUAAUUCAACUAACGAAAGAGUUAGAAUUCCCUUCUCUUCAUGAAUGCGAGGGUAAUUCAUACGUCGGACCCUUAGUUGUCGAUAACUUGAGUAACGUGCCUAUUUCAGGAUUAAGAGCUCUGGAACUUCUUGUCGUUAGCUUCGAUUUCUUCCCGAUAUUCGCUCAAGCCCUGAUGCAGUUCUUUCCUUUUUCAAGUCUGAAGCUAGCUCAAAAAGUCUCAGGAAGCAACAGUUUGGAAAAAUUUAAUUUGGAAUGUUGUAGGAUCUCUCUGCAACAUUCGGAGUUUGCGAUUGAAGCAUCGGAAGCCCUCGCCACGCCUAAAUACAUCGCAGCUAUGUGCAAUUUUGCAUUAAACAUCCUACAGCUACUUCCAGAAAUAGCUCUGAAAUCGUUCAAAGCUCUUACUCUCUACCAAUCAUUGAUGAAAAUCAUCGAUGAUUCAAUUUUGACCGAAAUCAUCAGGAGUUACGAAUAUUGCCAAAGCUCAUCUGAGAAAUUCAAAUUGAGAAUCCUAAUGCAUGAUUUGUGUGUAGUGUACCGAAGUGUGAUGCAGUUAUUAACAUUUCUGCACCUCAAUGUUCCAAAAGCUGUACCAAGUAUCUCAUUACUGGCUUCUACUCUGGCUCAUUUCAACUGCUUGAUACUUCCAGAUCAACAAAAUUUGACCGAAAUCUCCCAAAAGAACGAUAAAUUGAGUGAUUUAUUGCUUGAUUUAUUACACACGAUAGCGGACAGUUCGCGCGCUUUGAAGUGUCUUGUGACUAAAAGCUCAAACAAGAAUUCACUUGAUGAAGUUCUUGCUGUAAUAAGCAGCCGAAAUGAAAAUUUCAUUAUCCAGACUUUACUUGUACUGGAGAACUCGGACAAGUUUCCAGUUUAUGUUGGAGAGUGUCUAAGUUUCUUCUCCUUUCUGAUAUCAAGAGCGCCUGAAAAGAUAUUGAGUAUUCAUAAUGUCAGUGAUUCUACUGAAAGUCUAGCUUAUAAAUUGGCGAAAAAGUUGAUUACCCUGUACGAUGUUGAAAACAUGUCGACGUUCAACAGAAGCCUAGAAACAUGUCUGAAGAGCCUAUUAGCGUUCAGUCAGUUCUCAAAACAAGCUUCGAUGGCUGAAAAGUUACCUCAGAUGCUGAUCGAUACUCUUAAAACGACUAUAGUUAAACUGACAACUAUGAGUAUAACUUCACUUAAUAGCACGGUUGCCAAAGAGGAAAAUUUAGCACAAGUUAUUUUUUCUUGUUUUGUGAUAAUUCGUAACUUCAUGUAUGGCAAAGAAGAGGCUAAGAUCAUUUUGUACGAUCUUGGAUUCACAGGUGUAGUGUCCAAGAUUUGGCAUUGGUGCACUACUGAAGCACCAUUAAUGCAAGCCAUGCUUGAAUGCAUGCAGGUGUAUGCUGCACGAUGCCACAAAGCUGCCAUUUCAAUGUCGAUUCACUCAAUUCCACAAAACUCAGUUCCUGUGAACAGGCAUGCGUCGUCCAAUACUUUAGUGCACUUGUUAAUAAAGGCGGCAGUUAAAGAGUCGAACCCUGCAACGGCAACGCGAACUAAUUUGACUCUUUCAAAUACAAUUUUUGGACUCUUGGCAACUUUAAGUCUUACUACAGAGUGCCGAGGAAUUAUGUGGAAAGCCAACUUUCUGCAGAAGUUUCAGGAGCUGACAGUUCCAAAGAAGAUUGCGCAAAGCUCAUCCGAAGAUCACUUUAUUCUGUGGGUCAACUUAUGUGUCAAUGUUUCAUUCAGCAAUGAUGGUCAACAAAUGAUAGCUAAAAUGAACACAAGUGUUGACAAAAUAAUCGAAGUACUCAAAAUAAGUUUCACAACUUCGACAGCUAUUAGUUCAUCGAUUGCUCCUUCAGGCGCCGACAAACAUUGUACAAGAGUGGCGCAAAAUUGUUUGAUCAUUUUGCACAAUCUGUGUUUCAAUAUCUCAAACAAACCAAAACUGCUGGCAAAUUCUACUUUCGUGCCAUCGUUAAUGCGUGUAUUGGCAGAGACAAGAAACGAUCAGAUUCUUCUAACGGUCGCGGCAACUUUUUGGGCAAUUCUGUUCUCAAACCAGAAAGCAAAAGUAGCGCUUAAAAGUGCAAUGCUGUUGCCAGUAGCCCAAAAAGCAUUAAUUUCUACUGAAGCGAGAUUGUCGAAAGAUGCUCGAAAUUCGCAACUAUUCAAAUCUGUUUGUUAUUUGAAGUCGAUCGCUGCUAAUCUUGCCGAGAAAUAGAUCAUACCAACACAAACCUUCAGUUUUUGUCAUCAAUUCCCUUACCUGGUUUUUGUUGCGUGAUGUGAUUGAUGUGUAUAUAUGUUAAUUUGUAAAUAACUUGAGUUCCGUUUUUAGUUCAAUUACCAAAUAA